AUGACAAGACAUAGAGAUCAGAGAUCUUUGGGACCCAAGGUAACCUUCAGAGACAUAGAGAUCAGAGAUCUUUGGGACCCAAGAGAAAAGUUUCUGAGUGAGGAAACAGUUAGAUCAAGCCUCUCGAUUGGAUCCAACUCUAAGCCUUUAAUCCAAACAGACCUGCUCCCUUUCGCUUCACAAUCCAUAGAAGCAGCUUCACAAUCUAAAAAGGAAUUGUCACCACGUGGUUUGCCGGAAGAUUUGGCUCGACCAAUCAUAGAGAAGAACGGUUUUGUUCAGCCAAUCACAGAGCAGAAUGCAUUGUCAUUGAAUAACAGUCAAUCAAUCAAUCAAUCUUCCAGCGAAGAAAAAGACAAUUUCAUGGAGCCAGAAAGAGUUGAUGGGGAGGUAGUGGAGAAUGAAGAGGUUAAAAAUGAAGCCGAGCAUAAUGAGAAGAUCGAUGGGUUGGAAGGGGUGAAGGUGGAGCACUCCACUGACAUUAAUGAUCGCAAGAAGAUCGUCAUUAUUGUGAUUGUUUCAAGUUCUGGAAUCCUUUCCCUCAUUCUCAUCUCAUUCUGCUAUAUUAGAAAGGUUCAAGAUUCAAAAUUUGGAUGUUUUGUGGUCCGCCAAUCAGAGGAGAGUAGGAAGUCGGACAGUCAAUCAGAACACAGAUCUGAAUCCUCCCCCAGCCAAUCAGAAACAAGAACUGUGUCUACUUCCUCAUCCAACCUAUCCCUGCCCUUAAACACCAACAGCAAUUACCCUGUAAACAACAACAAUAACAACGAUGUUGCGUAUAAUGGUUCAGCAUCUCAAUACGAUCUGAUUGUUUCAAUCAAUCAAUCAAUGCACAGAGUGGGUACAAAUGAAAAUAUAUACCAGGUUGAUCCUAAUCCUAUACCAUGGAGACACAGCAAUCAUUUCUACCACCAGAAUCAACUUAAUCCUGCUCCAUGUUUGCAGCAAACCCUGGGCAACCAUCAAACUCAAUUUUAUCCUCAGAGCCAGCCUUAUCUUCAAUAUCAUCAAAUUCAGAAUCAUCAAGCUCAAAAUCAUAAUUCUAGUGAAGUUUACCACCCACCCAAUGGGCAGUUGGAGCUUUGGAUUGCACAGCAAUCACAUAUUUCAAGUCAAUCACAACUAGUGAUUCCAGACCAAUUUCAGCUUCCAAGUCAAUCACAGCUAGGGAUUCCAAAUCAACCACAUAGUCGAGGUAAAUCACACCUAGGGAUUCCAAACCAAUCACAUAUUCCAAGUCAAUCACAGAUCAGAGGACCUCAUUUACAGUGUCUGGAAACUGAUUUUAAUAUUUCUAACCAAUUAAAUUACAAUAUUCUCUAUCAUUCAGACUUUGAUAAUCAUAACCAAUCACAUUACCAGAGUCCUGACCAAUCCCAGCUCUUCAGUCAAACCAACUUUAGUCACUACAGCAUUCCAUCCCGUAUUUCUGAACCUGUUUCAAGAGAAGAAAAUACCGAUGCUUCAAGUACAGAUCCAAGAUCAUUAGCAAAGAGAUUUCAACCAAUCCCGAGAUAGUUUUUAGAAUCAUGUAAACUAUUUUUAAAGCAACGACCCCCCCCCCCUGUUUGGACAUUAAGUAUGUGUAUAGAAGACCAAUUAUAAUAAAGAUUAAAGUAGAAGUACUGCA